AACUAUAAUGAUAAAUGCAGACGCUAUAAUGUUAGUCAAGUUAUUCAAGCUGUUUGGCGUUGAAGCGCUGCGAAAUGGAUUUUGGUGUAAACAGCAGAGUCAAAGAACUCCAAGCAGCUUUAUUUCCAAUUCACCCAAUCCCAAACGGUUACAUUACAAGCCAGUGUCUACAAGGUCGUCUUGGGAUUACAAGAAGAGAUAUAGAAACUGCUUUAAAUCUAUCUGCAACUGUUGCAAGAUAUCGCGAUUCCAAAGAUGCAUUUCCAACUAUACCAGAUACCCAUUCGGGUAUCGAUGGUAUAACACAGGAAGCGAGAUGGCCAACCGAGUGCCAGGUAAUACAGGAGAGAAUACGUCAUAUAGAAUAUUUUCCUGCAACUCCGGAGCCAUAUUAUGUUCCGAAUGGAAAAGAACCAAAGCCAAAAUCAAUCGGAGAGGACUCAGGAACCGUGAUAUUCAGAUACUGCCCUAUGAGUGCCACAAAUUAUUUCAGUAGAUCAUGCAUCGGUGGGACCAUUUUUAUACAAGAACCAAUAACAAAUACUUCGAACAUAAAUUCGAAUUGCAUGGAUACAUCUCUUGGUGGUAUUGCUAGCUGUAAUUCGGAUCUACAAUUUGAAUCCAGAUUCGAAUCUGGUAACCUGGGUAAAGUGAUCAAAAUAACAGACACUUACUACCAGCUUCACUUGAGAAAAGAUCUCUACACCCAAAGGCAUAUGCAGUGGUAUUAUUUCAGAAUAUCAAAUACCAGAAGUAGAACCAUAUACAGGUUGUCUAUCGUAAAUUUUUGUAAAGAAGAUAGCUUGUACAACGAAGGACUCAGACCUCUAUUAUAUUCUACAAAAGAUGCAUCGAUGCAUGCUAUCGGCUGGAGAAGAUGUGGAGAUAAUAUUACCUACUACAAAAAUGAUUCUUCUGACGAGGAAAGAGAAAAGCACACAUUGACAUUCAACUUGUCUUUUCCACACGAUCAGGACACGGUAUACCUAGCGCAUUGCUACCCGUACACAUACACAGAUCUCCAGGAAUACCUUGCCUCCAUCAUCAAUGAUCCUGCCAAAACUAAAUACACUAAACUACGACUACUCUGUCGAAGCCUAGCAGGCAACAAUGUUUAUUACUUAACAAUAACUGCUCCUAUGUUUAACGAUGAUGCAAGAAAAAAAAAGGGUAUCGUUAUAACAGCAAGGGUACAUCCCGGUGAAACACCGUCGAGUUGGAUGAUGAAAGGGAUCAUCGAUUUUCUUACCGGAGACUCGAACCAAGCUAAAGAACUACGAGAGAGAUUCAUCUUCAAAUUAGUUCCUAUGCUAAAUCCUGAUGGGGUGAUUGUUGGCAACAACAGAUGCUCAUUGUCUGGGAAAGAUCUUAAUCGACAAUAUAGAACUGUGAUGCGAGAAAGUUAUCCGUCCGUAUGGCACACCAAACUCAUGAUUCGCAGAUUGAUGGAGGAAUGUGGUAUAGCAAUAUACUGUGAUUUACACGCACAUUCGAGGAGACACAAUAUUUUCAUAUACGGCUGUGAAAGUAAGAGGGGAGGUUCUGGUGGAAAACUUUCGGAACAAGUUUUCCCAUUGAUGUUACACAAAAAUGCUGCUGAUAAGUUCUCCUUUGAGAAUUGCAAAUUCCAUGUUGAAAAGGGAAAGGAAGGCACAGGGCGUGUAGUUGUCUGGCUCAUGGGAGUACAAAAUAGUUACACCAUGGAGGCUUCGCUGAGUGGCUCAAAAAUUGGUUCUAGAGCUGAAACGCAUUUUUCUACACAAGAUUACGAACAGAUUGGUAAAGCUUUCUGUGAGACUUUGCUGGAUUUUUCUGACGAAGAUCCAACAAAGGAACGACUACGAAAUAAAAUCAUCGCAAGACUUAUGAAAGAGGGGUCCAGUGCCGAUGAACCGACCAAUAUUAAUCUCACCGAUUAUUCUAGCGAUGAGGGUGACACCUCAGACAGUUCUUCACAAGAAGAUAGGCGAGAAAGAACUGACUUUGAAGCAAAACGUGAAACGCACGAUAACUGCCCAUAUCUAUGUGUUCCGCCACCUUCUCCAAUACUACCAAGAGCAAAGGGCAAUGGAAAGCUACGAAGGGCUACAAAGAAAAAAUUCGUGGAUAAGAAUCCUCCGGUUAGGAGAAAAAUAUUGACUCGUCGGGCAGUUAUGGAUCUGCCAACCACAGAUCCAGGCAGUGAUUUAUAUGAUGUCAGUGAAUCAGGAGAUGAAUAUUACUUGGAAUCAUCUGUAGCAACAUCAAGAUUUCCCCAAGAUAAUCUGAGUAAUCUUAUGGAAAGGUCCGACGUAUCAGAAAAGGAUGAGGAUGGCAAGAAGGAUUACUGCAAGGAUUAUUUGCCUCUGCCAUCAAUAGUAAGACCACGCAGCUUAUCAUUGGGAGAAGAAUUUCCUUUACCAAAAGAAACGCACAGAUCAAGACAGCAACCAAGAUGCCUACUUCAGCCCAACAUUUUCAGAACAUCUCGAAAUUUAUCACCCAUAUUCCCAAAGCCUCAAGAUGUUCAAAUAAAAAUGACGUCACUGCGUCCCCAAUUAUGGACAAGAGUUUCUAAUAAAAGUCAAUACAAAGAGGAUAAAAAUAAUCAGAUUAUGAAAAGUCCCAACUAUUGGGGAGGAUCUAGCCUAGCCUUAGCAUAUCAAACAGACAGCGAAACCCUGCUCAAAUCUUGCUCAAAAAAAUUAGAGGCAUUAGACUACACACAUAAACUUUCUGGAGAGCCCAAGAAAAUUAAAAAAAAGGUGCUCAAAAAACAGGCCAAAAUAAUUAAUAUUCUUCCUAUUCAAGUAGUUGAAGAAGAAAUUCCAAAGCCUGCAAAAAAGAAAAGAACCCGAUUGAAACGCCAGAAAGCUAUAAACCUGAACGCCGUAGGAACAGAGAGUAACCUGCCAUCAUCUAAGUCCGAUAAAGUGGAUUCUCUGAGGCUGUUCGGGGUAGCAAAGCUACCAAAACCAGAACCUAAACCAAAACCUGAAACCAAAAGAAAAUUCCGCAAAGGGGGUCUGGUUGUUACUGCAGCUACACAUCUACCCAAGACAAAAUCAAAGUUAAUUGCUGAUCCUAUUAGUGAGAGCUCCAGCUCAGACGAAAUGCCAAUGAACAUGAGGCCUAGAACAGCUAAAAAGAAGAAGAAAUCUCUGGGUAAAAAAAAGCGUGUACUUAGUGCAAACGUGACGCUAGGAUCCACGCUUGCUAAAUAGUAACGGUUGGGUAGUACGUUUACUUUUAGAAAGACCGACCUAAAAAGACAAGAAUUCAUUCCAUCGAAUAUAUCAGUAAAUGCUACCCGAUCAUCGAUCACUCUGGAUUUGAGUUCGAAAUUUAAUCUGUCUUAAAAUAAGAAUUUCCUAUGACCGUAUUAUUAAUAGAGUCAACUUUACAAUUGUAUUAUUUCUCGCAACACCUAAUCCUAUGGUCCAAGUCAGUGCACCUAUGUGAAUAUUGGUAGCACUUGACAAAUUUGCGUGCUUUUCCAUGUAGUUAUGGGGCUCUCCAACGUCAGAUUCUCUACCCUCAACUAAUCUGAUCUGAUGCAGUGCAACGAAAUAGAUAGUACACCUGAAUAUCGCUAGACAAAUGAAGCGAUGAAAGAUAAGUUCAGUGGGACAAGUUCUACUUACAUUCACAUGCCGAGGUGGGGUAUUGUGUGUAUGCUAAAUGAACACGUACACCUAUUGAAUCUUAGGCUUGAUGAAUUUUAUUAAUCAUUGACCUUCACCGCAACGACGUGUUGAUCGCUUACGUUCUUCGUUUUGGAUUCGCCGUUUUGCAUCUACGGAAAUAGAAAUGGACAAUACUUCUUCUUGAACAAAGAGACAAACCAAGAAUCUAUCUUAACUACUAUUACUGCCAAUAUGUACGUGAAAGGCGAGAAUGUUUGUACGAGAUAAGUUUUUCAAUAAACAUCUAUUCAACCAUAUAA